UGCUAGAAAAGAGAAUAUUUGUGCCACAAAACCGAAUGUGGUAGGGAUAAGCGAAUCUUCGUCCAUUACAUCUCCGUCAUACCUAUUUCAGUGUUUGCAGAGAGAUGAUCAAUGUUGUGGAUAAAUACUUCAGUCUUAACCGAAUUCUUUUGCUGAUAGUUGGUUUGUGGCCGUAUGAAAAAUCCAAGUAUGUUCAACUGCAAUUAAUCUGCAUCUUCAGUAUUCUUAUAUCUUGCGUUAUGUUUCAGCUUACAACAAUGUUGACUUCAAAAUGUACUGCAGAAUUUAUCAUAAAGAUUCUAUCUGCUGCAUUCUUUUUCAGCAGCUUUGUCAUAAAAUACAAUUCCUUUUAUGUCAAUGAUGAAACGGUAAAGUAUUUAAUGGAACAAAUUCAGCAUAUCUACAAUGACUUAAGAGACAAUAACGAAAUUGCUAUCGUAGAAAGAUAUGCAAGUAACGCAAAACAUUAUACAGCUGGUCUUACAAUGAUUAUCGUUGCUGGUUUAUUUAUUUUUGUGGGUGCCCAAGUAUGGCCAGAUUUUAUACACAUUAUAUUAUCUGCGAACGUAUCUCAAUCACGUAAUCUGCAGAUCUCCACUGAAUAUUUUAUCGAUCAAGAAAGAUAUUUCUUCUUAUCGCUCUUCCAUAUAAAUGCAGCUAUGAUCAUAGGAUGUUUCGUAUUGACAGCGACAGGAACAAUGCUAAUUGCAUAUCUUCAACAUGCCUGUGGAAUGUUUAAAAUUGCUAGUUACCGUAUUGAGAGAGCGAUACAGAUUUAUAUACCAAAGAAUAUUAACACGCAGAACGAGAUUAUGGUUUAUAAAGGCAUAAUUCGUGCUGUGGAUAUUCAUCGAAAAGCUAUGAUAUUCUCUAACUAUCUAAGAUCUAAAUUUGAAAUAUCGUUCAUGUUUUUAAUCGCGGUCGGAGUGCUUACUUUAAGUCUAAAUAUUUUUCGAGUCUUUCAGAUUGUAUUAUUCGGAUAUAAUUCUGAAGAAUUUUUAAUGAAUCUUGUAAUUGCUUCUAUCUGUUUUCUAUACAUGUUUAUGGCCAAUUUUAUCGGACAACAAAUUAUAGAUCACAAUAACCGCAUAUUUGCCACUGCAUACAAAGUUCGAUGGUACGCAACUCCUUUACACAUACAAAGAUUGAUACUAUUUCUGUUACAAAGAGGCAAUAAGAGUUUUGGCCUGUGUAUCGGUGGAUUGUUCAUAGCAUCUAUAGAAUGUUUUGCCACGCUAACCAAUGCAUCCAUAUCUUAUUUUACUAUCAUGUAUACUAUCAUGCGAUAAUAACAAUAUAAUGUCUCAAUUAAUAUUAUAAUUAUGAGAAGUUAACGAAAGACAGCAUUCUAUAUAAGAAUACUGCGUGUUACAUAAAGGAUGCGAAAAUGAUAAAUAGAAAAUGAUGUUUUUAC